GCUCCUUGUACUUCUAUUGAAAAAAUACAAAAGGCGCCUCCCAUCAACGCUAUGCAGACGUAGACUGCGAUACCAGAGGAAGGCAUUGAUCGAGAGUUUCAGUCAGCGCUUAACAGAUCCUGAAGCGUGUCUCCUGGACUUUGACACACACACGCACACACACACACACACUUGUUGGACAUGGGCUUUCUUCUGACCAAGAUGAUGGCGGUGUUCGGUGACACAGAGCACAAAGUCAUCAUUGUGGGUUUGGACAACGCUGGAAAGACCACCAUCCUCUAUCAGUUUCUGACAAAGGAAGCCGUCCAAACAUCGCCAACCAUCGGCAGCAACGUGGAGGAGAUCACUGUACGCAAAACCCACUUCUUGGUUUGGGACAUCGGGGGACAGGAGACCCUGCGAGCCAGCUGGUACUCGUACUACUGCAACACCGAGAUCGUCAUCCUGGUUGUGGACAGCACCGACCGGGAACGUCUCACCGUCACCAAAGAGGAGCUCCACCGAAUGCUGGCACACGAGGACCUGCAGAACGCAGCCGUUCUUGUUCUGGCCAACAAGCAGGACGUGAAGGGCUCCAUGACGCCGACGGAGAUCUCCCAGUGCCUCACGCUGGACUCCAUCUCGUCGCACUCCUGGCACGUUCAAGCCUGCUGCGCCCUGACGGGGGAGGGUCUACCUGCCAGUCUGGACUGGAUGAAGUCUCGGGUCGUCGCGAAGUAGAACGCGCUGGGACGCAGUGCUCCGAACUUCCUCCCUGCCGCCCGAGGCCACAGACUCAGUAUUGUUUACAGUGUGAUGAGGUAAAGUCCUGUGAGCGUGGCGCCGUGUGACGGAUCCGGCCUCGCCGCACCUGUAGGUUGUCUCACCCGGCCCGUGCGAGGCCUCGGAGACACGGGGCUGAAACCCGCUCGGGUCGUAUUUGAAUCAGACUGGAGAGCUUCCUCCUCACUUUGUGGUUAUGCUACAUGGCCAAUGGGCUCACUCUAUGGGGUCCAUGGCAUCGUUUCUUUUCAUUUGAGGAUCAUCCCAGCAUCUCAAAUUCACUGAACCGCAAAGUUGCACAAAAGUAUUAAUCAUUAAUUCAAUGCGAAGAACCUGCAUUGGAUCAUUGACAGCGCUUGAAGUGCAGUGUGUGUAUGCUGCCGUGGUGACAAUCAUGAUUUCAUUUUGUCCUUCGAUUGGUGAUUCUUGGUACGAGUGAUUCUCCUUCUUAAUUUACCUAAACCAUCUCUGCACAAACCAAACUGAUAACCUUACUUUCCAGUGACAAACUGAGUUUAGAUGCUUUACAAGCUUAAGCCUCUAUUGUUGAAGACUGUUACGCAAUAAUUGAGAUCUAUGCAAUGUUGAGCAACAAAACUGCACCUGUUAUAAGUAUAUAUGUUAUGCACAAUGUUUUUGUCAGACCUACAUUGUUUAGUAAUUUAUUUUAAGAAAACAAAGCUCAAACAAUUUACUGUAUAUUACAGAAAUGUCCUGAUUAGUGAAAGGAGCUAGCUGCUAUGGACUGAUUCAUAUUUUGAAAGUAUGUAUGUAUUAUGUAGUGUAAUUUCAUAACAAAUAAAGUAUUGU